ACACAACUUCUUAGAGCCGGAUAAAGCUGACAAAUGAAAUACAACUGCGUUGAUAUUAAAGGUCACCGUGGAGCCUGACCGGUUCUGUUUUCUUUAAAAUCGAACAUCAGCCGAAGCCUUACAUAUAAAUAGAAUACUUCCUCCCGCCAGACAAAUAUUUCUCUUAUUUCUUCCCGGCACUGCACUUCACGCCCACCAUCACCAUCACCGGAGCCGUAGUCUUUCGUCCCGCCCAACAGCCUCGUCGCCCGCUUCUUGUGUCCGAUCCAGAUAUGGUUUCUAGCGUAUAUUAAUAACAAGAAGAGCCACCUCCCGCCCUCACUCUGAGAUUUCUAAACUUCCAGUUCCACUUCAAAUUCACUCACAAAAAUGGCUUAGGUAAGGCAUGCACACCAUCUGUUUGAUUGAUUUCCUCUGACAAGUAGGAAGUUGUAUUUAGCAAGAAAACAAGUUUUGAGGCCAACACCUAAAGGAAAACUUAGGAAGUGUCAUAAUGGGCACCAUCAAAGAUGGCACAGUGUCGGGGUCUCUUCCAAGUACUGAAGUGUUUGCAGUGCACUACCCUGGAUAUCCUUCCUCCAUGUCUCGUGCAGUUGAAACCCUUGGGGGUGUUCAAGGGAUUCAGACGGUUAGGAAUCUUCAGUCAAAUAGGUUGGAGCUCCAUUUUCGGCCCGAGGACCCAUAUUCACAUCCUGCAUUUGGGGACUUUCGCCCUUGUAACAAUCUGUUGCUCAGAAUAUCUAAAAGCAAGUCCACCAAUGGACAAACUAGUGUAGUUUCUGAUAAUGUAGGGUUGCGGGGUGGAAAUACUUUGGAUGAUAGAACACAAACUGGUGAACCUAAAAGUAGAUCAGUUGCUUCUACUGAAGAAGCUCAAGUUCAAGCACCUGAAGCUGAUCAAACAGACAUUUCUGCUGUUAUUGUUGCUCGUGUCCCUGAGGCUUAUUACUUUGAUGGAAUGGCAGAUUACCAGCAUGUGGUUGCAGUGCAUGCAGAUGUUGCUCGAAGGAAGAAGAGAAAAUGGAUAGAAGUGGAGCCUCACAAUGAAAAGGGUGACCUUCUCGGUGUUGAUGAGGAGGAUGUGAUGACAAUAGUGCCUCCACUCUUUGCACCAAAAGAUAUUCCUGAGAAUUUAGUGUUAAGACCUUCAGUUGUACUGAGUCCAAAAAAGAAUCAAGAGGAAGUUGUUCAGCCUGAUUGUGAGCAGGUAGACAUGGAGCCUGUCCUUGGAAUUGAUUUCAACAUCAAUGAGAUACCUAAGAGCAUAAAUUGGGAGGACUACAUGCCUCAGGGCUCAACUCCGUGGGAGUCACAGAUGGCUGUAUCGAAUUUGUUUGAUGAGCGACCGAUAUGGAUAAAGCGUGCACUGAAUGAACGGUUACUUGACAAGGGCUUUAAUUUUGUGGAUAAUAUGCUCAGAAGGCUUCUUUCUAGAGUUGCCUACUACUUCUCAAGCGGACCAUUUCAAAGGUUCUGGAUUAGAAGAGGAUAUGAUCCUCGAAAAGAUCCUGAAUCUCGCAUAUAUCAAAGAAUUGAUUUUCGAGUACAUUUAUCUAUUCGAAGUUAUUGUGAUGCUAACACUGCAAACCACGCAAUGCAGAGAUGGGAGGAUAUAUGUGCAUUUCGAGCUUUUCCAUUCAAGUGCCAAACAUCUUUGCAACUAUUUGAACUUGAAGAUGACUACAUUCAACAAGAGAUAAGAAAGCCUCCGAGUCAGACAACUUGCACAUAUGGAAGUGGAUGGUUUUCACAUGCAGUGCUUGAUAGCUUGAGACAUCGCAUUACAGUAAGGUUCCUAUCUAUAUAUCCUAAAUCUGGUGUUGGUGUUGAGCAUUUACUUAAAGCUGCUACCGAAAGCUUUGAAAAGUCAAAGAGGAGGCGCAAUAAAGACAAUGUAAUGCUUCUUGAAAAAGAGCACCAACAAGUGGAUGCAGUGUACAAUGAUGUAGAUGUUAUGCAAGAGGAACCCAAUAACAUUGAGGUUGAGGUUGAGGAUGAUGAGGAUGAGGAUGAGGAUGAGGAGAUUCAGGUUGAGGUUGAAAAUGAUGAGGAGGUUGAUGAUGAAAUUUCUUUACAAUCUCAAUCAUAUCUGAAUAUGGCAAGCAUCUCGAGGACCCAUUUACAGGAAUUGUUUGGUAGUUUUCCAUCCAAUAAAGGAGGAGGGGAUAAAGUACAAAAUGCAGAUAUAAGUGAUGAAGAAUAUCAAAUACUCGAGCAAGAUAGUGACGGCAACUUCUCUGAUGAGUAUGACUCCUGAGUUGCCAAAUAUUCAGAAGAUAACCUUGCAGCGUUGAAUGGUACACAUGCACAUGCAGUCACAUUACAUACCGGUUGCAUAAAACAGCAAUAUUGGCAAUAUUCUGGACUGUGUGGCUUGAGAGGCACAGAAGAGUCUUUACUCUUCAAAGAAAUUUUAGGUGGCAACUUUGACUUGGAAUGUUAGGUUUUGAGGAAGUCUCUUUUUUAGAUUUAGUUAGAGGUAUAGUUUCAUGUGAUGUUUCAAUGUAUUAUAUUUGUUUAUUUGUCCAUUUUAAUUAUAUUUUGUUUUAUUAGUAGGCUUUCAUGUUUUGUACUUGUAUGGUGCAAACAUGAACCUAUUAUUUUGUAUUGUAUUCUAGUAAAAUUAAUACAAAGUUUUGUUUCUAUUUUUAAAAA